GUUGGGGAAAAAGUGCGAGUGCACACACAGGCAUCAUUACGAAGCUUUUGUAGGACCUUCAACGAAAGUUGAUCUGGGAUUGAGAAGAAUUGCAGUUGGGACAGCAGACUCAGUGAAGUGAUACAAUGUCUGCCGGGCCUGGUGGUCCAGUAUGGACCCGUAAAAUGCGCACACUAUUUCGCCGACUAGAUGCACAAGGACAUGGGUACCUGAUGGUGGAUGACCUGCUUGAGGUGGCCACUCAUAUAUUUGGAGUUUAUCCGAAAAUGGAGGCAUACAAGAAUGAUUAUGUUGUACGAACUCUUGUCUAUCUGUGGUAUCAAGUGAUGUGCAUCCACGUAGACCGGCACGUAGCCACGAUGACAAAUGUCAACGAGGCUACCUUUGUGGACAAUAUGUUGAAAGCCACCAGUGGUCCGUUUAAAGAGCAAUUUAGCGAGAAUUUCGUGGAUCCGCUUUUUGAUGCGAUGGAUCAAGAUGAUGACAAGAUGAUCACCGCACCGGAAUAUACGACACUAAUGGUCGCUCUUAAGGCAACCCAGCGGGACUCGGAAGUGUUAUUCAAACAAAAUGCAGAUGGGAAUAAGCUUUCAAAAAGUCGCUUCGAAGAGGUGAUGCGCGAUUAUUUCUUCGGAGAUGAUUCGAAGAGCAAAUGUAACAAACUAUGGGGGCCUUUGUUAGAAUACAAACGUGCUGAGGACUUUGGUACACUCGACUGUGGACCUGUUUGGGAGGGCAAAAUGCGUACGAUGUUUCGUAGGCUCGAUGUGGGUGAAAGUAUGCGGCUGCGGUGUCAUGAUCUAUUGCAUAUCGGACAGUUCCUCAUUCAACGUGGCCAUUUGGAUAAAAAGAAGGCGGACUCCGUUUUGCGAUACAUGAUGCACAUUUGGGUGAAAUAUCUGGCAGUCGACAAAGAUGGAGCCCACUUGCCAGAAAUACGUGAGAUAGAAUUCAUACACAACCUUCGGGAUAUGAUCAAUGGAGAUUACCGUCAUGAAAUUGAUCAAUUUGGGUGGACCCUGUUCAAAGCCGUGGAAGUGGACAAUAGUGGAUUUAUCACACAAACGCAAUAUAGAAAUCUGCAGGAAGCAUGGCAUGUAGGACGAGACGAGGCCGAAGGCAUGUUCAAGAUCUUGGACACAAACAAAGAUGGAAAGAUCAGCAGUGAUGAGUUCCUCACGGCUUGGAAUGAUUACUUCCUUGGCGAAGAUCCUCAAAGCCCCUAUCGGAUGUUUUUCGGUCCUAUCAUCUCCCGACAAACGGAAGCCAAAUAAAUCCUUAAAAAUGCUGUCUACUUCAAGGAGGUUUCCUUUGUUCUUCAAAAACUGUUCCGGCCUCACCUUUCCGUCGCUACUAAUAUUUUAACUAGUGUGCUGUUUUAAACGAACUCUUCCUGGAUAGCUUAAUCCUGUAUGGAACUUUUGUCUUUUUGCGGACAAAACAAUGAAGUAAUAACUAACAUUUCAGUCUUAUCGCGACUUGUUUAGCUCUUCGUUAUUUAGCAAAGUUAACCUCAUAUAUCUGGGUGAGUGCAAUGUCAAGUAUGCUGUACUUUCAGUUAUAUUUACUCAGUAAUUUUUCCUUGCAAUAUGUAAGUCAACAACGGCAACUGAAGUAAGUUUGAUUAUUGUGCAUCCUCAAAAGAAUUAAACCAAAUAUUCUGGAAACU